UAUCUUUCCUACACUCACUAUGCAUUACGAUUAGCCGGCCUACCAUUUUCUUUAUUUCAUUUUGAUUUUGUUUUUGGUUUGACUUAAUACCACUCCUAAUUUCAGAAAUCUCUCUGUUUAUCAACUCAAUUAUUUUCUCAAAAGGGAUUAUUUUAUGCAUCAUGUUUAGUUUAUCGGAUGUCCUAAAUUCAUUGUUCAUGUUGACAAAGUUGCAUUUUUCUUGUCGGAUUUUCCUAGGAUCAGAAUAGUUUUCACAUUCCUCCAUGUUUAGUCCCUUCUCUUUCUCUUCUUGAAUUGACUAUUGGCAAAUCUCAGGUUCUUGAUUUUUGAAUAACAUGGAUAGUUCAAAAACAAAUACUAAUCAAAGAAGAAGGAGUUGGACUCCAUCAUCUAUGCGUAGAACACUGUGGAGUAGCAAUGAGAGUCCGACAAAAGAUUUUCGAUCCAACGAUGAUCUCAAAGGCGUAAAUGUGCAAGUUGUUGCACGAUGCAGGCCUCUGUCUGAAGGAGAGAUCAGAGCAAAAACAUCCUCAAUCAUCUCGUGUGAUGAGACCAAACAUCAAGUGAUUGCCACUCAAAACACAGGCAGCAAGCAAAAUGAUAAAGUUUUUGCGUUUGAUAAGGUGUUUGGUCCGAAUUCGAAGCAGAUUGAUGUGUACGAUGAUGUCGUUGCUCCCGCCAUUGCUGAAGUUCUCGAAGGCUACAGCUGGACCGUCUUCGCUUACGGCCAGACUGGGACAGGCAAGACUUACACCAUGGAAGGUGAAGGACGAAAACACAAGAAUGGUGAGUUCCAUGAAAAUGCCGGUGUGAUCCCAAGAGCUGUGCAGCAGAUAUUCGACGUGUUGGAGAGGGAUAGUGCCGACUACAGCAUGAAGGUGACGUUUCUUGAGCUCUACAACGAGGAGAUAACAGAUCUCUUGGCACCGGAUAAUGCCAAGAAGUCAUUAUUACUGAUGGAAGAUGGGAAAGGCGCUGUCUUUGUUAGAGGGUUGGAGGAAGAGAUUGUGUGUAGUGUGGAUGAGAUUUGUGCAAUUUUGGAUAGAGGGUCGUCUAGGAAGCACACGGCUGAGACACUCGUGAACAAGCAAAGCAACCGUUCUCACUCGAUUCUCACCAUCACAGUCCAGAUUAAGGAGCCUAGCACCACUGAUGGAUCAGAGAUGAUCAGGUGUGGCAGGUUGAAUCUUGUGGACCUUGCUGGCUCGGAGAACAUUUUGCGUUCUGGUGCACGAGAGGUGAGAGCAAGGGAAGCUGGUGAGAUAAACAAGAGUUUGCUUACACUCGGGCGGGUUAUCAACGCGUUGGCUGACAAUUCUACGCAUGUUCCAUACAGGGACAGCAAGUUGACUAGGUUGUUGAGGGAUUCGUUGGGAGGUAAGACGAAAACGUGCAUUAUAGCAACGAUUUCACCAUCCAUUCUCUCUCAAGAAGAGACACUCAGCACUCUUGACUACGCGUUUCGUGCUAAAUGUAUCAAGAACAGACCUGAGGUGAACCAAAAGUUGAUGAAAUCUACGUUGAUCAAAGAGCUUUACACUCAGAUAGAUAGUCUGAAACAAGAACUUCGUGUUUCGAAGCAAAUGAAUGGUGGUUAUGGUGAUCAUGGUUAUCGACAUAGUGCAGAUGCAUUGAGGAAGCAACUGAUGGAGCUGCAAGAACUGUAUAUUUAUCAGCAACAGCUAAGAGUAGAUUUGGAAGAUAAAUUACUGAGCACUGAGAGAGAACUGACAACGGCUCGACAAUCUUUGCUUAAUAUUGAAGAUCAAUGUCAACAAGCAAAAGACAUGUGUAGAGAUAAGGAGACUGUAAUAUUCAAUCUCAUUUCUUCUGGAAAAGAACUGACAAAGAAAGCACUUGAGCUUCGAUCAGACUUAGAGGGUGCUGCAUUGGACGCGUCUACCUUGUUCGCCAAAAUUGAACACAAGAACAACUUAGAAGAAACAAACAGGCAACGUGUAGAGGAUUUCUAUUCUCAGUUAGUUCAGCAGCUUCAGGAGUUGGACGAAGGGGUUUCGGCCUCAGCAAAGAGCCAAGAACAGAACUGGAAGGAGUUCCAAGAUGAUACACAAUUAUUUCUAACUUCAAAAGCUAAGGCGAUAGACGAUCUAUUCAAAAAGAUCGAAAAUCUCAAAGAGCUGCAUGCGUUCGGUGUCAAUAAUUUGGAUGGUUCAGCUGAAGAACUAUAUCAAAAGUCUCAACUGGCCUUAAGUAGAUUGAGCUCCGAGUUAUCAGCUCACUCUUCGUGCAUUAUGGAUCUUGUGACAAAAAAGUCAUCAGAUGCUCAUGCCAUUAACAAUGGUUUGAAAAGUAACAUGAGCAAUCUUGGAUUGAGGUUGGAUGCAUUCAUGAAGCAGCAGGAGGAGACUCAUGCGCGAACCUACCAUACAUCCAAGUCCAUUUCCAGUAGCCUUGUUCAUUUUUUCAAGACUAUGAAGAUUUAUAUAUCCAAAUUGACACUCAUUGAAGAGGAUUCUCAAAAUAUGGCUAAACAUAAGCUGCACGCCUUCACGACGAAGUUUGAGGAAAUCUCUGCAACUGAAGAGAAGCUUUUGUUAGAAGAAAUGGCCAAACUUUUGGCGAAUUCGAGUUCUAGGAAGAAGAAAAUGAUACAAGAAGCAGUAGACGACAUGCUAGAGAGCGCCUUUAACAGAGGAGAAAAGCUAAAUCUUGAAAUAUCGGACAUGCAAAGUCUAACAGUAGAUGCAGAGGGAAAAUGGAAUGGUUUCAUUGAGACAACAAAAAGCAACUAUGUGGAAGAUUCUGUUGCUUUUGAAGCCGGUAAAUGCGCUCUUGAAGAUGACCUUCAAUGCUGCAUGAGAGACUUGGCAGAGGUUUCACAACAACAGAGAUUGUCUGAAGAAUCCCUCUUGGAUACGAUGAAGACGAAUUUUGACUCGGAAGAUUCUGUUAUCAAGAAUGAAACAGCGGCUAUUGAGAAGAUCCACGCUCGAUUUUCAUCAACUGCAGCGUCGUUUCUUGAAGAAACACAGGAUGCUACAAAGAAGUUAAUGUUAUCUGCUGAGAAUCCUCUCAGACUAGACCAGGAAGCAUCGGAGAAGGCCGGGCUCCUAAGUGCACGUUGCCUCGUCUCCACGAAGCAAACGAGCAGCAUCCACUCUGAACAAGUAGCUGAUGUUUCAAGAAGAGCAAGAAAAUCCCUUGUUGAUGACUACUUGGUGGAUAGUUGGUCAUGUCAAAGUCCGAGGAAGAGAAACGUGGUUGUGGCAAGUAGAGAAGAGAUAGAGAGUUUGAUGAGUUUGCAAUCACCCAAAGCUCAUAAUGCAGUUGCAUCCUAAAUUGGAUACUUCAUCAAAUGUUCAUUCAAAUGUAUACCCAAUAUUAUAUUUAUAGCAAAUUUGGUGUCACAUACCCCAAAUCAAAAAAAUAUCAGCUCAUGUUACUCAA